UGUAUAUCGUUCGACAUCAGUUUCUUACGUUAUCAGUAAGGAAGCAACCUUCCUAGUCGACUGGCUACCAUUCGAAACGAUGCGUAGUCACGUCGAGUUAGUAACGGCCAUGGCCCUACUCAUUUUCGGCCACGUGUUUGCCAAAGAAAAUGCCACCUUGCAAGCGGGACUUCCUCGCAACUCUACGAAAGUCCGAGAAUUUGUGGUGAACGGUGGCGAUGCAGGGAAUACACCGUACCAAGUGUCCCUCCAACAAGAUGGCAUUCACUUCUGCGGCGGAGUAAUCAUCGAUCGCCGGUGGGUUCUGACGGCGGCUCAUUGCCUCAUGGACAUAAGACCCAACGAAAUGACGGUGGUCGCGGGAACGACUCAGCUCAGUAGAGGCGGAUCCCGGCUCCGCGUAGAGAGAUUCGUAGUCCAUCCUAGAUACGAUCGUUCGCUGGCCGCAAACGACAUCGGAUUAGUGCAGAUAAAGGGAAUAUUUCUGUGGUUAUCGAAUCGAGUGGCUAGAUUAGAACUCGGUAAGGACUACGUCACAGCUGGAACGGAAGCCACGAUUACCGGAUGGGGUGGAACUCUUCGAAGCGGUGGACCGUUGUCGGACAAAUUGCAGUAUGCCCGGCUUCGAGUGAUUGACCAACGCCGAUGCCAAGCGCUGUUGCCCAACAUCGGUGCCUGGAAUUUGUGUACUUUUAUUCGCGAAGGGCAAGGCAUUUGCGGUGGCGACUCCGGCAGUCCUCUGGUGAGUGACCGUAAGGUUAUCGGAAUUGCUAGUUUCGGUGUAGGGCACUUACCUGGUGAAGGUUGCGCUGCUGGUUAUCCCGAUGGGUUCACGAGAGUUUCCCAUUUCUACAAUUGGAUCCGGGAGAGCAUGCAGAGACGGCGGAUAUGGCCUUUCGGACGAAUAAUCCUGAGACAACUGUAACGUUAUUUUUUCACACGUGAGCUAAUGUUUAUGCGGUUUUAUUUGAGCUUUGAGUUAUUCACAUGAGGAUAGAAUACUGAUACUGACAAUUUUCCUUGUUCCGUU